AUGAUGUAUAGAAUACUUUUAAUAUCCGCAACAAUAGCCUCUGUGCUAUCAGCCGAAAUACCGCGACCACUCGAACAACAAAACCCGGCUUUAGAAGGAGUAGAGACGCAUCCUGUGUAUAAGAAACCAAGGUCAGAAGAACACCACCCUAUAUACCGAGUGAAUAAAGAUGAAGUAAAAGACAUAGAUGCCGUAAGGAAUAUGGAGACGAUUGGUAAACACGAUAUGUUGGCUGAUGAUCCUGCUAGAGUUUUGAUUGAUACUAAUCCCAGUGAAAACUUACCAGUGGAAUACACCAAUCCCGGUGAAGUAGCGUAUCCCGAUAUUCCAUAUGCACCUGGAUAUAAUUACGGAAAUGCAUAUGCCGCUAAUGCGUACGAUCUUUAUGGAAAUAGCCUAGGUGAUUAUUUCCUAGAGCCAGACACAUCUUCUGCCAGUUUGCUAUGGAGUCAAGUACCUAACUCUAGGAUGCGCGCGAUUAUUUUCGUAAUAUUCACACAUAUAUUUUUUGUAAAUGUGGAUGUUCAAGGUCUUGGUAUAGACGAUGGCAAUUUAAUUGACUAUGAGCCGGCAUUUCAGAACGGCCCCUACCCCUACUGGUAUAACCAAGAGUUAAACCCAGUAAGACGAGACGUUCACAUGAAGAAGAAAAACUUGCCAGAUCCAGUUAACAAUGAUUUGAGUUUAGUAUCAGCCCCUAUGAUAUCUAAUGUUUUCGAGCUUUUCAUGCGAGGUGUUAGUUUUAUACUAACGCGCAUUCCGUUGGUUUUAUUUGGAACAAUCGCCGCUUUUGGAGCUUGCGCAUUGACGCCGAUAUGCGAUACUAGAAUUUUGGAUGCAUUACCAAACAUCGAGAAAGGAUUGCGGUCAUUUACAAGCCCUGAAAGAAUAUCAAGAGCCGCUGAGUUUGUCGAAACGGCGAUAAGAAAAUAUGGAGCUUUAAAUAAAUGA